UAAGAAACAGUCUCGUUCUUCCGGUUGGUGUAGUAACAGGGGGCCAGACGUGGCUGCAGUGUGCAUCUAGGAGAGAUGGUGCUUGAAGAACUGAGAGGCAAGAACUGAGCUAGCGCAUCGAAACCUCCCAAACAAAACAAAAACCCAUUGGUCUCCUAUAUCCACUGGAUAACUAUGAACAAAGAAGACGCACCAUGUUGUCGCCCUCCCUCUCUUAAAUUCACCAUCGAUCACAUUCUUAACCUUAAUAGCGUCGGGACCAAGUUUGACAGCUGUCACUCAAAAGUGCAGAGUGUACCAGUCUACGGGAAUGACUUCUCUCCCUGUAUUUUGGACCAUGGUGCCCAGCGCGCCGAAGAUUCUCGGAGCAUCACAUUCAGUGAAACAGGAGAAACCUGCACAGAAUCUUGUGACACAACCACGGCGGCACUUGACAAGGAGACAGGCGCGCUGAAAAGUCUGGACACAAGCUGUGAGAAUGCGGACAGCGAUGACGGCAGUAGCGUGCAACAUAAGGGGAAUAGUAAAAAAAGCAAAGUUAUGGCGAAAAAGAAAACGCGCACUAUUUUUUCCAAGAGACAGAUUUUCCAGUUGGAAUCUACCUUUGAUAUGAAACGUUAUCUGAGCAGUGCAGAGCGGGCAUGCCUCGCCAACUCGCUGCAGUUAACAGAAACUCAAGUGAAAAUUUGGUUCCAGAAUCGACGGAAUAAAUUAAAAAGACAGAUUUCCACAGAACUCGAAGGACCUAAUGUGGACUUUAGUGAUGCCGGGAAAACAGUAUCGCUCCCGACUUUCUACAAAGAGAACCAUAUACUUGGAAGAUGCUUGCUACCAAUGCCUCUACCCAUCAUGUAUCCUGGAGGUAGCACGCCUUACUUAUGCUUUUCAAACGCUACCAAAUAUUUUAGCUUUUUCGAUGGGGACGUAUGACCUCCUCGGGGUGGUGUCUGUGUAAAUGAGUCGCGCUCUUGAUGCCAGGUGCAUUCAAUAGAUCGCCCAACACACACACACACACACAGAGCAGAGGGAAAGAGAGAGACCGGCGUUCACCAUUGACCCCCUCGAUUUGUGCACUUGAUGUGCACGAAACGUGACAGGGUGGAUGAUAAUACUGGACGAUUGUGGAGGAACGUCCUUGCGAAGCACAUGGUUAUGCAACAUUUGUGUUAAUUAUUCGUGAACUAUCAGCAGUUUCAAUAUAACACUAUCCUACCAUGUUGUUGAAGGUUUUUAAUGCAAUCCGUUUUAUAAAGAAAUCACCAGUAAUCUUUUAUUUUCUACAGAUCAUCCUAUUUAUUUGGUCUGUAAUACACAUGAUACUAUAUAAUUUGCCAACUUUAUUAUUAUUAUUAUUAUUAUUAUUAUUAAUAUUAUUAUUAUUAUUACGCAGCCAAAGAUGGAUGAUCGUUGCAUGCAUUUGUAAGGAAUAUUGCUUUUCAAAUGAUUCAAUAUUCGAUGAAUGUAAUGGACAUUUGUAUUUCGGUUAUAACGCAUGUGUAUUACUUAAGCUACUUUUAGAGAUUAUAUCUCGUUUUACAUAAUUGCGCAAUAUGGCCGGGUAUCUUUAUUAAACGUCUUAUUUUCAAUAGUUUAUGUUACAGUUAUAUUGUAAUUAUUGUGUCCUGUGUUAUUUUCUUUGCUUGAAGCCAGAGUCUACUAUAAACUGGAGCUUACAGAAGCAGUUUAGAUAGAAAUUUACAAACCUCGAGAAGGGUGCACACGUGAAUCUGCUUAAAGGUAUUGAGAAAAAAAAUGUCUCCAGCCUUCAAAUAGCUUAUUCGUAGGACUAAUGGUUUAAUAGGCUGAGACAUACCUCUAUAACAAAACAAUACAACUUUCCUAAGUAUAAGCCCUUCACCUAAAUUUAAGAAACGCUCUGACAAUCGGCCGCAACCUAACUUUUCAUAAGGAUUGUACUCUCAAGCUGUUCACUGUACAAGUUGACUACCACGGCUCUGUUUAUUAGGUCAAAAUCGUUAACGUUAGGAAAAGGGGGUCAACUGCCUCGAUACUUACAUUGUGCUGAAAUUUACAAUUUAAUAAACAGCAGAUUUAUCAGUUAAAUGAGACCAAUCCGUUGCUCCUAGACAUGACCAAAACUUGAGAAUGUGCUCUUUCAUUUGUGACGCAAUCAUUGCAUUCACUGUUUAAGUCAACGAGGAGCACUUCUGGCUUGGGAUGGACGGACAGAUGGGGUAGCAAGGUUAUCCCCGUAUUCAGUCACACUCAACACACCCCUGGAGAGUAAGUCGGCCUAUCAUAUGCAUAUCCGUUACCAACUGAGAUGUUUUACGAACUAAAAAUGCAAGAAUAGAAAAUGAAUUCCGGCAUAAUAAUGAAUGUUACUUAAGCAAUAAAUAAGAUAAGAA